AUCUUUCAAGGAACAGAUUUACUGAAGUUCCUCCUGAUGUCUGGCUGUUUGCACCACUGGAAACUUUAAAUUUGUAUCACAACUGCAUCAAAUCCAUUCCAGAAUCUAUUAAAAACCUGCAAAUGCUUACCUACCUUAACAUUAGUCGAAAUCUUUUAUCAACGUUGCCAAAAUACCUGUUUGAUCUUCCACUUAAAGUUCUGGUUGUCAGUAAUAAUAAGCUGGUCUCCAUUCCAGAAGAAAUUGGAAAGUUGAGAGAUCUAAUGGAGUUGGAUAUUAGCUGCAAUGAACUUCAGGUUCUUCCCCAACAGAUAGGAAAAUUGCAGUCACUUAGAGAAUUAAACAUAAGAAGAAAUAACCUCCAUAUGUUGCCAGAUGAGUUAGGAGACCUUCCCUUGGUGAAGCUGGAUUUUUCUUGUAAUAAAAUCACAGAAAUUCCAAUUUGUUACAGAAAGUUACGUCACUUACAAGUUAUAGUUUUGGAUAACAAUCCAAUGCAGAUACCACCAGCACAGAUAUGUUUAAAGGGUAAAGUACAUAUAUUUAAGUUCCUCAGCAUUCAGGCGUGCCUCAGAAUAGAUAAAAAACCAGAUUCUUUGGAUCUUCCGUCAUUAGGUAAACGGAUCCCCUCCCAGCCACUCACAGACAGCAUGGAGGACUUUUAUCCCAAUAAAAAUCAUGGACCAGACUCUGGCAUCGGAAGUGAUAAUGGGGAUAAAAGAUUAUCCACAACAGAACCAUCUGAUGAUGACACGAUCAGUCUUCACUCCCAGGUAUCAGAAUCAACAAGGGAACAGACAUUAAGGAAUGACAAUCAUGUAAUGGGAAGUAAACUCGAUCCACAGAAAGACCAAGAGGUGUAUGAUUACAUUGAUCCAAAUGCAGAAGAGGGAGUUGUUCCUGAGCAAGGAGACGUACAGAUUGGACCAUUGCCAUCUUAUGUCAAGGAACGGGGGAAACAUCCUGAGAAAUCCCAGAAAAUAGAACAGAAUGAGGACUGGGGAGAUGAAAAAAGACUUCAGAAAGAACAGCUACUAGCUGAAGAUGAUGAUGAACUCAAAGAAGUGACUGACUUGAGAAAAAUAGCAGCUCAGUUACUGCAGCAAGAACAAAAACACAGGCUUCUUAAUCAUUCAGUUUCAGUAAGCACAAGGAACAGGCCAAAGCAGCCAAUGGAAUCUGAAAAAUGUGUCUCAGCAGAUGGAAUGAAUUCCCCAGUGUCCCCAUACAGCUGGCAGCCACUGGAAAACCAGAAGGAUUCAAUGGAUGAGCAGCAUUGGCCAGAAACACAGCCAGUGAUUUGGCAGAAUGAAGAAAGAAGGAGAAGUAAACAAAUUAGAAAAGAGUAUUUCAAGUAUAAGUCUUCCAGAAAGAGUUCAAGUGGAAAUGAAAAUGAUGAGCAAGACAGUGAUAAUACUAAUGUGUCCCCACAGUCUCCUGUGUCAUCUGAGGAUUAUGAAAGGACAGAUAGUAACACUCAUGGUCCUUUUGGUCUCAAACCAAGGUCAGCUUUCAGCCGUGCAUCACGCCAGGACUAUGGUGCAGUGGAUCCUGGAUUUACAAUGAGGAGGAAAAUGGAGCAUUUAAGGGAAGAAAGGGAACAAAUAAGACAGCUUCGCAAUAAUCUUGAAUCAAGGUUAAAAGUAAUUUUGCCAGACGACAUUGGAGGAGCAUUGAUGGACGGAGUAGUUCUUUGCCAUUUAGCCAAUCACAUAAGGCCACGUUCUGUUGCCAGCAUUCACGUACCAUCGCCAGCAGUGCCUAAACUCAGUAUGGCGAAGUGCCGAAGAAAUGUUGAAAACUUUCUUGAUGCUUGUAAAAAGUUGGGCGUUCCACAGGAGAGACUUUGCUUGCCUCAUCACAUUCUGGAGGAAAGGGGUCUGGUGAAGGUUGGCCUCACAGUUCAAGCUCUGCUUGAAUUGCCUGCAUUGAAAAUAUCUCAGCUUUCCUCCAUGUGA